AUGGCCAAUAAGCCUCUCGCCGAGCAUAUCCCACCCUACCCUUAUGGCGCCAGGCAAUGGUACAAGCAGGCCGACACUGGUCUCUACGGUGGCUCCAUGAUCCGUUUCGGUAACAAGAUUUCCGACGGUCGCAACAAGGGCAAGACGCGCCGUAGCUGGAAGCCCAACGUCCGCCGCAAGAAGAUGUACAGCGAUGCCCUCGACCAACACCUGUUCAUCAAGGUGACCCGCAAGGCGCUCCGCACAAUUGAGAAGGAAGGCAGUCUCGACAAGUACCUCCUGGGAAAUGGACCCGGCCGCAUCAGAGAGCUCGGCAUGUUCGGAUGGAAUCUCCGGUACCAGAUUAUGCAAACCCCCAAGAUCCAAGAACAAUUCCAAGAAGAACGACAGAAGCUGGGACUCUCCGAGCCAAAGUCCUUUGAAGAGUGGAUUAAGGAGAGGGAGGACGAGGUUGAAGCGAAGAUUCAAGAGCGACUCAAUAUCAAGAAGGUCACGACACCGCGCCGGAAGGGCCAGGCCGAUCCCCAGAGGAUUGCUCAGCGAUCUUUGGAGUGA